AAAUGUGCUACGUUGAAAUACUGUAUAGGAAAGAAACUCCUUUUGCAUCGUUGACAGGAACGUUUUGCACAAGGUCUUUGUUUCUAGCCCGGCCCGACGGAACGGCGCACACAGAGGAAAACGCGACCGGCAACGAAGAGACGCUGUUGCCAUGGCGACCAAAAGCCACUCUGACCAAAUGGAGGGGUCGGGACACUUUUAUUCUAGUUGUGCAGAGGAACAGAGUCUGAAAAACAGUAGUGACAGCAUUGAGACCUUGACAGAGGAAAUGGAAGAUAGUGAAACAGAAAGCACCAUCUCUACUUAUGCGUUCUCAUCUGAAAGUUCAGAAAGAAAUAAUGAAGUUUUAACUCCAUUACUGUCUUCACAUCAAAUGAGUAAAAAUUCUACAGUACUAAGAAAAAGAUACAUUUCCCCUUAUACAGUGAGAACUAAAAAAACAGAAGAAAAACAAAAAGAACAUCUACAUGGCCACAAGAGUCCUCUGCAAUCAUCAGUGGUAUCAAGAAGGUCAGGACUUCAGGAUGGUUCCACACAUCAAACAGAAUCAGUUCAGAGAAGUGAUAGAAUAUCAGAACUAGUCAGCUACAAAUCAAACACUACAAAUAAUUUUGGCCUUAUAUCACCAUCCAAGAGAAACAGACCUGUCAGUGCUCUACCAGGUCAACUAAGAUUUCAAAUGUUUUCUUCCCCAAAAUUACACUUGGCACAGAAGGCCUCUGAAGUACCCCACAUUUUUAGACGACAACCACAGAUACUCAGAGUGACUGCUUAUAAAAAUGGAAUAGUAAAUGUAUUUGCUAAAAUUGCUGUGCCACCUUCCAUUAAACUCCUGCUAGAGGAGAGCACUGAAAAGCUGAAGCUGAAUACGGCUGCAAGACGAGUCUUCUUGGCAGACGGCACCGAAGCACUGGAUGCUAGAGACAUACCCCAUGAUGCUGACGUUUAUAUUUCAACUGGAGAGCCCUUUUCAAAUCCAUUCAAAAAAAUCAAAGACCAUCUGUUGUUAAUGAAGAAUGCAACUUGGACACUGAAUGGUCUAGCCUUUCCUAGAGGUAUCAACAGAAGAAAAGCCAAGCCUGUGCUUUCUAAACGAAUGAAGAGACUCAUAAAGAAGGCCUCAAUCAGAGUUUUGGUGUUCAAGAAUGGCACGGGACAGGAUGGUUAUGAGAUAUCAGUUUCCCCAGACCAAGCAGAAAAGUUUUUAGAUAUUUGUACCACAAGAUUGAACCUCACUUUACCAGCAAAAUAUAUCUACAAUACACAUGGAGAAAGAAUGGAAGAUCUCACAAGUGUUCCUCUGCUUGACAAAUGUCUGCAAAAUUCCAUCACACCUCUGCGAGGACCUCUUUGGGUGUCUAAGGGAGAAGGUUUCAGCCCCUUUGGAGCAAAGAUGUAUAUCCAAGGAGUACUAUUGGCCUUACACCAACGAUUAAAAUCUGAAAAAAACUACUGUGAACAGGUGGAUUUAGCCAUUGAAGGACAGAAAGAGAAGAUUACAGACAAAAGCAUUCUAUCAAUGAAGAAGGAAGAAUUAUGUUUAGAACAAGGCAAAGUGAAAAAGUUGAUUGAUGAAUUGCAGGCAGCCAUCAAGAGCUACAAAGGUCACCUCUCUCAACUUGCCCCUCAGUUACGGGCUGAGCAGGAGCAAUGCACUUCAUAUGUCUACCAACAUAUUAAAGAACUUCCUGCAAACACAGUGCUCUCACAAGGGCUACAGCUAAAGGUGUAUGAAAAUGGGAAAGACACUGGCGAGACUCUUGUUUACAUCAGUAGGAAGGAGAUGGAAAGCAGUUGCGGGAGUCAAUCCAAUGCUGUGCUGGAAAGGGUACAGCAUAUAAUUCACCAAAGACUCCAGAGUUUGGCAGAUUUCAGACCAUCGGGUCUGAGUCGCUUCCCCACUCAGCUUUUUGAUGAGACUGGGAAAGAAAUUAAAAAUCCAUUUUUAUUGCAGAAUGAGCAAAAGAUUUGGGUUUCUUAUGGUGAAGAUUACAGGUCUCCUUUAAAUCCUGUUCUGAGCUUGACCUUUGACAGAGUGACAGCAGCUGAAAAGAAUGGCAUCACAGUUAUUUAUAAAACACUUCUGGAUCCCACUGUUGAAUUGCUGCCUGGACGCGACAACUGGGAACCUUGUGGUGGAUUUCCACGGAAUUUUGAAUUUACAAAUCAUCAGGAACAUCAAAUAUUGGAAACUGUGGAGCUAGAUAGCCAUUUUAUACAAUAUAAGCGCGACCCGCAGAUGGUUCUUCUUGUGUCUCUUACCAUGGAAAAUAUGAAGAAAGAUAUUCUCAAACAAAAUAACCAUCAAGAUCUAAUAUCCGCCACUGCAUGCUGGCCUCUUUCUAAUGUUUGGCUGGUCACAAAGGAUGGAAUGAUUCUUAGUCGAGCUAUAGCACAAAGCAGUCUAGCUGUUGGUCAUCCAAUCAGAAUUGUGAUUCAAGACGGCAUACCUGUGGAAGGCUAUAAGUUAAAUCUGCAGAAAAGAGACAAAAACAAUAAAUAUCAAUACUGGGAGUUUGGAAAUGAUGGCUGUAUCCAUUCUAAGGCUUACCCUGAGUUUGUUCUGACCUACCUAGAGGAGCUAAAUGUAAGAGAGGAGGUGACCGAGACGGAAUACUGCACACACCAUGGGGCCCAGUCUGCAGGUCAUCAAGAGACAGAUAGCAACGCAGCAGAAGAGGUCACUGUACCAAGCCAGAGGCAGGAGCUACAAAAUAGUGUCUCAAAUUGCAGUGAGAAACAACUUUCAGGACCUUUGGACGCCCACUUAAUGCCUGAAGGUCCCUUAAGGGAGAAUGGGCAACUGACAGUAGCGCUGGUGAGGAAAUUGGAAGAGAAACAUCCUAAGGCCUCUGCUCAAAGGUGGGCCAUUAAACAUGAAGGAAUAAGUAAACCUGGUCAAUGGAAACAAUCAAAAGUGGACAAUCCUUUGUGGAAUAAAUUGACUUAUAUGUGGCCUGUGCUUCCAAAUGGAGAACUGAACCAGGCUUUUGACUGGCCUAUUGAAGGACUACUGAUUCCAAACAGCCCUCCUUUAAAGAUACCUGUUGGCAAGAAUUCAGACAGCUACAUACCUUUGAAACUAAGAGUUUUGAGAAAUGGAGACCCAGAAAAAAACAAGGCCAUCUCUGUCCUUGGACCUGAUUUCACAACUGCAGUGAAGAAACAGUAA